AUGCUGCCAAAUAACGAAAUCCGAUCUCCGACCAUGCGGGUUGUUCCCCAGUCUGUUGCCCCGCGCGACAUCACAAUUGACUUCACAACCGCCGCCGCAAAACUACGAACCGGUCAGCUAGUCAAGGAUGAAUAUUUCACUCUCUUUGAGGCUGUCGGUGCGCUUGAGAUCAUGGACUCGAAGAUGGACAGCGGUUACUUAGGUCCCGGGGAGAACAGCGCGCAGGCCCUUGAAGAUGACUACGACAUGAUGCGGGAGCUGGCUCCGGAAGAGGUGUUGGGUAUCAUGGACGAACUAUUGUGCCACGAGAUGGCAUGGCAUAUGGGCCACCCUCUCUCCCAGACCCUUUUCACAUCCUUGUACCUUGACAGACUUCUUUGGCCUGUACCGGAAACUCUCGAAAACACCCAUUUCGGUCGCGGACAGUUGCAAAGCAACAAGGAGGUUCCCGACUUGGUUCAUAUCGUACUUCGUGCUUAUUGCCUUGCACUUGUGAAAUCCUGCGAUUUUGUACAUGCGCGAGUCACAACUGAGUACUAUUUUGAGGAAGAGGACUUCGUCACACAACUCUACAAUCGUACUCUGUUGUCUCAAUUUGAUCCCAAGCAUUUUCACAGUCUCCUUGACCGCGCGAUACGUUGGAUCGACGAACAGACUGGUAUUCUGGGUGAGAAGGUGGCCGAGGCCAUGCGGGCUCGCUUGCUCUUCCGACGGGAUUUCCUCUCGGGUAUGGAGCAGGACCUGGAAGUGAUAGAUACAAGGUCCGCAGCGCAAUUUUUGAGCUGCCUAUCUCACCUGGACUUUCUGAGCAAGUCCGCUGUCCUCGGGAUAAGAGUACCUGAGGCCUUCAGCUGGAAGAUCCAACGGAGACUGGCUAGCACUGUUCCUCCCCGUCCCAUGGUCAAUAUCAGCUUUGAGGAUGCGCUGGCGCAUUUGAGAAGAUUAUGCCAGGAUGCCGUCGAUUUAUUGGAGAUUCUUGAUUACAAGGGGCCCUAUAACCUGAAGGUGGUCAUUUGGGCUCUGCUCUCUCGGAAACCUCAACCCUCUGUCUAUAUAAGAUCUCUUGUCCAGUCCCUUAUUGUCAGCAAUAGGACAAUACUGGGAACGGUUCCCGUGAAGCAGUUCCUCUAUGAUGAACUGGAACAAAUCGUUCUUCCAUCCAGCAUACUUUUGCAAGCCAGUGCAGAUGAAAUUGAAGUGCCUUCAGAUCCACGGUUCCAAAUAGCACAGCAUAUGGAUGUCUUCACGAAACGGUUCUCACAGCCGUUUGUUGAUACUUUCCGGAGUGCUUGCUUGAACCGUUGUCGUAUUCGUCGGACCGCCGAGGAUCUCGACGAGCAGCUUCGCGCCCUGAGCAAUGAGCCCCCCUUGAAGCUAGCCAACGGCGAUACCACUUACUCUUACCCCCUCAGUAGCUGGGCGUACCAUCACAAAUUGAGCCAAUUCCGUUUGAUUCUGCAGCUUGGCUUCGAGCUAUCAAUUUAUGCACCCGAAGAGCUUCCUGGCAUGUAUUGGUAUCUGUCCCACAUCUGCUCUACCCAUCUUGGCCAUAUCGAUCGGAUUCGCACAUUUACUGUAGCCGCCACGAAGCGCAACUUGACGGACUUGGCUGCUAAGAAGCGUGAUGCUUUCGAGCGCCAUUCCGUGCUGCAACGAUCCAUUCGACUUCUUGAGAGGUUGACGACACAGAUUAUUGCUGUUGACGCAUUUGCCAUCUCUUUGCACGCGCUAUACGUCCUUCUCGCUCGUCAUCGCAUCCUGCCGACCACAUCUUCAGCUCAGGCUUACUCCAGUGACCGGCUACGGUACGAAAUACGCAUGAAACCCUUUCUUCAGAUUACUUUACCAGAGCUAGUUCCCUACGAUGAAUACCAUCGCGAGGCGCUGCUUGAAGGUGACAGCGAUGAUAUCGUCAUAGAGCGUGCCACGAAAGCCAUUUCGGAAGCACGGAAGGCCUGGGAAGCUACGCUGGCCAAUGGUGCAUUUAUUCUCGAUUCUGAUGAGAAGGAAAGCCCUGCCCCUGCGAUCGAGGAGGAUUGGAAGCGGGACAUUAAAGAUACCAUGCGGGCUUGUAUCGGUGCAAGCAUCGCGAUUGAGACGGUUAAAAAGGCAUUGAAAGCACAAGCCGGGUCGAAAGACUGCGAAGAACCUCAGCCACCCCAGUCGGUUAAUCUUCGGCCGACCGUAGAAAUCAUUCAGAUUUUGCUGGUCAUCGGCAGCGUCCUAUCCUAUAACAUGAAUGCAGGAGCCUCGUACACGUUGCUGGGCAUGACGGAACGUAUGUGUAUGGUGCUGGGUCUGCAUGUCGAGACUUCGGGAUAUCCGCGGGCAGUUCAAGCGGCGCGGAGGAGAGUCUGGUGGGCGAUGGCUUUCCAGAACAGUCAUUUUUCCUUAGCGUACGAUCGGCCUUCCAUUACCAUGAUCAGCCAGCCCGAGAUUCCGUACGAUCCCAAAUCCAUGCCGGGUCACCGAGGAUACUUUGAGACGCUGUGCCGUAUCAUCUCGGUUAUUCUCGAGAUGCUGCGAGGUCUCAUGUUUACCCACCAUAGCCAUUUACGGUACCAUGAAAUCCGAGACUACAAGCACCGUAUUGAAAGGAUUCUCGCCGAGGCAGCCCCGCACUUGCGAUUCGAGGACCGCUGUACCACCCUCGCGGAGCAUAUUGAACGGACCGAGCUGCGACUGCAUUCGUCAUAUUUCAUCUCGCUCAUGUGCCGAGUAUCGCUCGAUCCAGAUGCACAUUUGGAUGACCAACGGCGAGAGAUCAUCAAGGAGGAUUGCCUGACCAAUUUGAGCAACACGAUUGAGGCGUUUAUUGAACUACAUUCAAUCAAUACUCAUGCUUCGCGAACCUGGAUUAGCCUGCAACGGACGAUCGCGUCAGCAUUUCUUUUGGUGGCCAAUAACAACGAGCGACUGCACCCCCACACAUGGGAUCUGAUCCAGAAGCUGGAGGCCGUUCUGUCGGACCAUGUACAUGGCGACGGCGAAGCCGAUCGAAACAAUCGUACUGAUUCGGCCAAACAUCUCGCAUCCUCGCUGCGUGCCUUGCGUGAAGUCAGUGCCGCCUUCCGCGCGCACAGCCAGAAGCAGAAGAAGCUCUCGGUGCCGCAGACUGCAACGACUACGCCGAGCCUGUCGCCCGCCACAGUGUUCACCACCCCAUCGCCGGCCGCAUUUGGCCCGGUACCUGUUCCUCAUCCCCCAACUCAUAGCGCGUCGUCACAAGACGGACAUAUUGACAACAUCCUCAACCGGGUUUCGAACGUAAUGCUUUUCCCCAACAUGGGGACAGGAAGCGCCUGA